AUGAAACGCAAGGCGAAUGAGGGAGCGCUGCGUGCCUCUGAGAAGCGUGCACACCUUGAUGAAAACAUACUAGGUGACUUGGAUAUGGAAGCACAUGCGGCAAGGCAGCAAAAACUGCGUCGCGGAGGUGUCGUGACUCAGGGUUACGAAUCAGACGAGUCAGACAAUGACUCAGGUGUGCCGCAUCGCCGAGCUAAGCAAGAGACAGAGGACGAAGAGAAUGAUGAUGAUGAUGAUGAUAUGUUUGCAGAGCCCAAAGAGGAGUCAUCUCGAAAAGAAAAGCGAUUCCUCAAGCUUUCUGACAUUGAAGGUCAAGAGUUCGGUGCUGGCACACAUAUGGAUGGCGAUGACGACGAUGAGGGCGAGGAAGACAGUGGCCUUAUUCAUGAUCAGGAUCCUGAAUAUGAAUUGGAGCAAGCACUGAAAAGUACACAGCAUGAGGAUGCAAAUGCAGAUGCCGAGCGAACACCGCCAGGCUCGCCAGGGAAGGACGCACAGCGCGUCAAGAAACAAGGUAUGGGAUUCCGUAUGGAGAGCUUCAAUAUGAAAGCUGAGAUGGAAAGUGGUCAGUUUGAUGAGGACGGAAACUACAUCCGCAAUGAGCGCGAUCAGUUUAGCCAGAAUGAUCGGUGGCUUGAAGGCAACUACUCGAAAAAGUCGAUCAGAGCAGCCCAUGAAGCUCAGCGUCGCCGUGAGCAGGCAGAAAUUGAGCGCGAAAAACAGCAAGAUGCUGAAUUUCCCACUAUGGAACAUGCUAUGAAGCAGUUGGCUGAAUGCUUGAUGCCCGGCGAGUCGGUGCUGGAUGCUCUGCAAAGACUUGGUGCGGCCUCGAAACGAUCUACGGGUGAGACAAAGGCUAUCGCGCAGUUUGAAACGCUGACCCACGUAAGUGGUACCUUGAUGAGCCACUUUGGACAAAUGAAUAUUUACGAUGAGGUAUAUGAGAGCCUCGUGCGCCUGGUACGACGAGCCAAGAUCGUGGCAGAGGACUGGGAUCCCUCUAGGAUGCUGAAUGAGGAGCAUGAGGCUCCAUCAGCACACACUGGCUCACUGUGGGAGUACAAAUGGACGCCUGCAUAUCUAGGCCUCAUGGCCAAGGCACACGAUCAGAGUGUGGACCCUGAAACUCGGAUUUUUGGGCCAUUUUCGCAGACCGAAUUAACGGAAUGGGCGCAACAGGGCUAUUUUGGUGCGAAUAAGGAAAAUAUUUCCGUGCGCAAGAUACAUACCCACGACUGGUCGACAUGGCACGACGCUGGAUUGCCAUAG